CUUGUUCAGUCAGGUCAGGGUCGCAAUGGAGGUCGAGUCAAUAGUGAGAGAGGCCUUGGCUACAUCGAACCGAAGCUACGUCCUCCUGUCGGGCAUCAUUGCGGAUGACUCUAUCGCCACUGACAUCACGGAGGCUGAGGAUGGACUUCAGUUGCUGCAGAGUCAGAUGGAGGAGCUGGCAAAGGAAGCAGAUGAGGUGCUGAAGGAGGCAAAGAGGGUGCACACGUCUGCUGAGCAAACCCAAGGGGGAAACCUCACCCUGCCUCGAAACCUCACAGAACUGGAGCCUGAGGGCUGGAACAAUUUCACCACCGAAAUUGAGAAUUUGGAAAGUGCUCUUCAGGCUACAGAACAGCAAAUCGAGAAACUGCUUCUUGAGUUGGAGCCGCGAGUCAAGGCCUUUAAGAUGGGAAUGGAAACCAAGGAGACGUAUGAUGAGCUUCUGAGUCGUGUUAAAUCUUCCGAGGCCACUGCAAGAGAGUCAAUUCAGAAAGUCAAACGGAUCAAAGAGGAGGGACUCUCUUUGCUGAAAACAUUGGAAGAUAAUAAGAGACUAUUUCCAGCAGGCAAGCUCCGAAGUAAAGGGACCUUGCGGAAGACAAGUGCGAUCAAGGAAAGGGUGAUGGCAGAGGCGAAGAGAAAGACCUUGCUCGCCCGACGAAUAUUGCGAGUUGCCGAAGCGAGUUCUACCAUCAGCAAUACCACAGCCACCAGGGCCUGGCACCUCAACCGGGGCAUCGCAAAGGAGGCCCAGAAGAUCAGGAGUCAGGCCCAGGACCAGGCUACACAAUCUGGCUUACUCCGUACUCAGCUGGACACCAUGCGGGAUCAAUUGGUCACCCAGGAGGACCAGGCCACAGCCUUCAAGGUGAAACUUCAGGAGGAUAGCAAAACUUCUGCCAAGGUCCUUCAUGAAACAGAGGCCAUGGGAAAGAAGGUGAAGAAAGCGAAACAGUCACUCGAUCGUGAUCUGAAGCAGUUAACCGAAUUACUGAAGACGGUCGAGAGUCUUCAGGUUGACCGAGUGACAGAGGAAAUGCUGAAUAAAACCGAGGUGGAGAUGGGAGCCCUGAGGUGGGUGAUCGAUCAGAAGCUGGAUCAGAAGCUGCGGGAGCUGGAGGCAGCCUCUGACCUACAGAUCCUGAAAAUGAAAACUAUAGAAAAGGACAUGGAGGACAUUGAGGCAGAGAAGCUGAGCCUGGAGGACAUUGUUCAGAACCUGCCUCAAGGCUGUUAUAACCGUGUGGCAUUGUAAGAGGGUUAAGGCAGACAGAAGAAGAGAGAGGCGAUCUCUGUGGGUAUUUUUAUGUUAUUAUCUCAAGACAUUUGCCAUUGACACUGUAGUAAUUUGAUUGGGCAUUUAAUCCUUUUUUACCCAUUUUAACCCAGUCACCUAGCCUCCUGUGGCUUGUACUGGCUUCGAGUUAGUGCCCAGGUGAAGCCCUCCAAUACUUCAUGGUCUGUACCUUCUCAUUGCUUGUUGGAUAUAAAUGGCGCCAUUGGGACAAAGAUGGCACCUCAUUGUUCACACACGGACCAGCUGGAGCCUCUUCUGCUCUCACGUUGGACCAAGGAGCUCUGAGACCGUUGUGCUUCAUCAGACUGAUUUUCCAUCAACUGGGUGAAAAGUGAGCCGUCUCCAUCCUGCAGGGCCAGACUGGGUAAGGCUGGCAGAAUGCCUCCUUCCAAAGGGCAUUAAUGAACCAGAUGGGGUUUCACAGUCACCCUUACUGAGAGCAGCUUUUUGUUUUAUAUGUCCAGAAUUCCUAUCACGCACAACAACAGCUUUCCCACCACCAAAUCACCAUGACUUUUUUUUGUUUGUAGUUUUUUUUUUUGUUUAAUCACAACUGAACGACCUUCCACUGUCAAAUCACUCUGGCUGUUUUUUAAAAAUGAUUUAACCACCACCAGUAAACCCGUGUGUAGCUGGUUGAAUAUUUACGGGCAAAGCAAACCAUUGAAAGGGAGGGACAGAGGGGUAGGGAGAGCGGAAUAAGCUUUGUAUUAUCCCCCAACGGUGCCCACUUCUCUCUAGAGGCAGCAAGAACAUUGGUGCAGACCAAUCACUCUCAGAAGUAAGUAUUUAACUGAAAUCACCCUCCAAUGCUCAUGCUGGGGUUUGAAGCCUCUGAAUUGCCAGCCCAGUAAUAUUCUCACUGUCUGACUAUCCUCAUCUACCUUAUUACAAUACAGACCACACUGCUACCAGUAAGCUACCGCUAUCAUUUUUCUCUUGCUGCACAGUAAGGUGUGGGGGUAGGUUGGGUGGCGUCUGUGUCUGAGCAUGCGUGGGAAAUGAAGGAAGGAGUUCAGGGAAGACACCGCUGUGCAAAUAAUUUUAUUCAAUACAUCCAUCAACGGGGGAAAAAAAACGCUCACACGGCCAGGGAAACAGUAACGAGCAAAGCCCGAGAGGGGCAAUGCUUACGUGAGAAAAAGAGUGAAGAUGGGGUGUUGGGGUAGGGAAUAAAUCCAAGUAGAAUGGGAGGGGGAAAUGAAGCUCUCCACCCCACCGCGGUGCCCACCCGCUCCCUAAAGGUGCCGAGAGCAUUGGUGGGCACCGUGUGGUUCGUCUCCAAGGACACACGGGCUCAAAAAUGGCUGUGGGAGAGAGGCAGGCAAUCACCUGAAAUGACCCCCUCCCCGGCCUGCUGCCUGGACUUGUUUGUAGAAAGAAGGCCCCUUCUAUAAGGUGAUUAGGUACAUUGGAACAGUAAAUACUAGUAUAAGCAGUGCUAAUACAGUGUGGAGCUGGAGGAA